AUGUUAUAUGAAGAAGAGAUUAACAAGCGUGCCAAUGCUGAAAAUGAAUUUGUAUCUUUGAAAAAGGAUGUUGAUUGCCUAUACAUGCAAAAGACUGAUCUGGAUGGCAAGCAAGAUGCCUUGGUGGAUGAGCUCAGUUUCCUGAAGACCUUGUUUGAUGCGGAAGUGGCUGAAAUGCAGGCACAAAUUUCUAACACCAAUGUUAUCUUGACUAUGGACAACAACCGCGACCUGGAUUUGGAUGGAGUCGUUGCUGAGGCUAAAGCUCAAUAUGAGGAGAUUGCAGCCAGGAGCCGAGCAGAAGCUGAAUCCAACUAUGCUAGACAAUUCCAGCAGCUCAAAGACACAUUGGGACAACAUGGGGACAAUCUGCGCGAUCAUAGGAAUGAGAUUCAGGAACUGAACGGCAUGAUUAAAAGACUGCAUGGAGAAAUUGAGUGUGUAAAGAAACAGAUUUGUGCACUAGAGACAGCAAUUUCUGAUGCUGAAGGGCGAGGGGAGGUUGCUCUGAAAGAUGCCAAAGCGAAAUUAUCUGAACUGGAAGCUGCUCUACAGAAAGCCAAAGAAGAUCUUGCAGUUCAGCUACGCAACUACCAGGAACUCCUUAAUGUGAAAAUGGCCUUGGAUCUUGAGAUUGCCACCUACAGGAAACUUCUGGAGGGAGAAGAAUGCAGGAUUCAUGGAGAAGUUGACAACAACGUUACAAUGUCUGUCUAUAGCAGUGCCGGGAAGGUUGCCAUUCCUAGUUUGAGUUGUGUUGCAGGAUCCUGCAGUGUCCCGAGGAGCAGUGCAGCUGGAGCUGGGUAUAGCAGCAUCCUGACGUCAAGCAAUUCAGGCGCUUCUAGUUGUGGAACAGGAACAUGCAACAUCAACAGCAAAGUAGCUAAUGCCACAGGAGGCAUAACAUCACUUAUGUCAUCAACUCGCAGCAAGAGGGCAUAUUAA